UAAUAUUUUUGUUCAUUGAGGUUUCCAAGUAACCAUUGUCACGAGAAGAAUGAUCAUCACAUAGUUUUUAAAAUCCACCAUUACGACUUUGAUCGAAAAAAAAUAUGUGAGCGAAAGCUUCUUCUAUUCCGUCCACAACCAUUUGAGCUACAUCUGUUUCACUGAUUUUGUUUGAAAUCGUAAACUGAUUAUUAACCUAAACGAUAAGUGAUUUACAUCUUGAUUUGAAGUGCUAGGACGUGAGGAUUAACUACUACCUACUUUGUAAUAAGUAUCUUGGACAUUUUCCUUCAAUUCUCUACUUAUUCAGUUAAGCCUAGAUCUGAUUUGCUUUCGCUCUUCACCGUGUUUGGAGCCUAAUAGGAUACGUUUACAAGAGUUUAUCGGUGCAAAGGGGUGUCGCAGACUUCCACUUGCUUCUCGUGAUCCUUUGGUUCAAAUCACCAAUAGAUAUCGCUGCUGUUUCUACAGCUUUUUGUAUAUCUUUCCAAGUAACAUCUGGGUAACCAAAAUGAUUCAAUACGAACACCGAACGCCAUACUUGGAAUUCGUUAUUGAACAUGUUGUGUUUAUUUUCAAACUCCUCUGGUGCUUUUUUCGUGAAGUUGCCAGCUAUAUUUUGCAAACAAUCAGUCCAGUUUAUAAGGAUCUUUCAUCGGACAUUAUACUUGUCACUGGUGCAGGAAAUGGUAUUGGCAGGCUCAUGUGUUUGGAGUUUGCGAAAUUUUGUCCAAACAUAAUAGCUGUUGAUAAGAAUGAGAAGGGUCUAUUAGAAACAUCGAAGUUGGUUCAUAAGGAAACUAACAUUCAAAUUAAAUUUUAUGUAUGCGAUUUAAGACACAAAAAAGCUAUUGAUGAACUAUCGACAAGCGUUUUGAAAGAAUUUGGAAAAGUUACUGUUUUAGUGAAUAAUGCGGGUGUCAUGAAUGCAGAAUUUAUCACUGACCUAACACAUGAUUCCAUAGAAGAUUGUUUCCGAGUCAAUGUCUUGUCACAUUUCUAUUUAAUUCACGCAUUCUUACCAUCUAUGAUUAACAAAAUAGAUGAGAAUUCAAGCUCUGGUAUUCCAGUCAAAUUUCGUCAUCCCAGAGGACAUAUUGUUUGUGUUUCAUCAAUAGCUGGUCGGGUACCUCUAGCAGGUGGUGCAGACUAUUGUGCAUCAAAAGCUGCAGCUCUGUUAUUUUCUGAAUCAUUAGAAUUGGAGCUGCUUAAGUUGGGUGUGGAUGAUGAAAUUCGUGUUACACGUAUAUUACCUUUUCUACUUAAUACAGAUAUGUUUAAGGGUGUUACACCCAAACAUCCUUUGCUCUUCCCUACUGUGGAUGCAAGCUAUUGUGCAAAUCGAAUCGUUCAAUCUGUACGUUUAAAUGAACGAGUUGUUUAUGUAUCGGCCCGAUAUCGUAUACUGCCCAUCUUACAAAUACUUUUUCCAACUAAAACGAUCCAUUGUCUGUAUGAAUACGCUAAUACAGGCAUGUAUGUUGAUCAAUUGAAGCUUUAUCGAAAAAAAGUCGGUGCCUUCAGUUAACCAAAACACUUAACUUUUCUGGAAUCGCCUAUCAUAUACAUAAAUACUUUGAUUAAUUCAUUUAAUUCUCUUUACGUUUAAAUGAGCUCUUUGAUACUUAUUCAUCUGGGUUUUUUUUUGCAUAGAUUAAGAAAUAAAUGUUGAUUACGUGAGAUAUAUAGUCGUUCAAAGUUGUGUUGUGAGAAGUGUUUUGUGUGUUUAUCGUGUGCUUUUUUUUAGACUGCAAUUAACAACCACUUGAUUAUCAUGUGUACUUUUACACUUGUUUUAUUUUGUACUGCCUAAUAAUACCUCUAAUAUGUUCAAUGUCCUUUGGAUAUUUAAAACAUUUCAUCUACUCGUUUACGGUUUUUUUCAUUCAUAAAUUUAAUUUUUGAUUUCUUUCCGAUAAACAAUGUGAUUAGUAGAAAGUUCAAACGAUUCAGUCGAUAUCAUAUCUUUUCAUGUUUAAUUUUGACCCAUUAUACAACAAUCAUUCAGUGUUACAGCUUACUACCAGAACUAUGCAUAUUUUCUCUAUAAAUUACCCAUUAGUGACCACAUGA